AAUGCUACUGGUAAGUAUUGGCUAUUUUGGACAGCUAACGACACCCACGUGACUUUGAACACGCAAGGGUAUAUUGGAUUCGGACUGUCUCCGAACGGCAAGAUGUUCCCGGCUGACGUUAUUGUAGGUGGGGCCAAGGACGGUCAAUCCUAUCAAAAGGAUUAUCACACUGUCGGACAUGCACCGCCGAUAGUUGACCAAUCUCACGAUUGGUACCUCAUCUCUGGCAAGGAAACUGCUUCCGGUACCGUCCUUACCUUUGUGCGCAAACUCGACACAUGUGACAGUGUUGAUGAUAUGAUUAUUACGAGAGACACCUCCCGAAUUAUCUUCUCCUACCAUCCUGAUGACGUCACGGGUGGUAUCCCGUACCAUGGCGCCACAAGGAGGGGAGCAAAGAGCGUCAUGUUGUUGUCGUCUUCACUGACAGCUGAUGAUGUCAACUUCCCAAGCGACAUAGUCACGCACGAUUUUCUUCAUGACAAUUACAAAGUCCCUUCAGACACCACGACUUAUUCGUGUCGAGGCUUCUCGUUGGCAAACCUUACCUCCAAACAUCAUAUGAUCAAGUAUAAACCAAUUGUGUCGCCUGGAAACGAACUGAACGUGCAUCACAUCGGUGUCUACAAAUGUAACAAGCGUGGUGCUGAACUGGGCUCUUAUGGCACCGUGUUCCGAUGCAAUAAGAGUAACACUGCACCGGAACCCUUUCGAGGUUGUCCGACUAAUGCAGUUAUCGCCUGGGCCAUCGGAGGAGAGUCAUUUUAUUACCCUCCUGAAGCCGGAUAUUCCCUCGGAACUGACCAUGACGCGGACUUUUUCGUAAUGCAUACACAUUACGACAAUCCCCAGGUAAAGUCAGAUAUUGUGGACAGUUCCGGUAUCCGUAUCACCAUGACAACAACCGUCCGGAAAUAUGACGCCGGACUCCUUACUAUUGCAAUGGGCGUGUCCGCCAUGCAAUUUAUUCCACCUAUGCAAACAGCUUUGGUCUCCAAAGCAUUUUGUCCUUCGGAACUACUCGGAAAAGGGGUACCAGCCGAGGGCAUACACGCAUUUGCGAUUUUUCAACAUUCCCAUCUUUUGGGCAGAGAGAAACCUCUGGCUGCAGAUCAGAAUUAUGCUUGUUAUUAUCAGGACAUGCGUUACCUUUCCGGAGAGAAAAUGAUUUAUCCGGUAAAUGACGAUUAA